UGAGGAGGAACCUGUUUUCUAUAAAAACACUGAUUUGAAUUCAUGGUGUAAAAGCUCCUGAAGCGUUUGGAGCUGCAGACCUCAGAUCUGUGCCUCAGCUGCUGGAUUCAGCUUUUUGUUUUUCUGCCUCAUCCCUGCGUGUCUGGUUUAGGUUAGUGUCUCCCGUGCGCUCUGAUUGGCUGAGCCUCUGGACUGGAGGGUUUGAUUUCACCACACCCUGCGAUCAAUCUUAUUCUAGGCACUUUUCUGAGCGUCAGCCUGAGGCGCACCGACGGGACACAGCAGGAUUAUUAUUUAAUUUCGACUCCUUAAAAGGGAUUUUAAAAUCAUUGAAUUCAAAUUGUAUUCAUCUCUCUGGUUUUCAUUGUAGUUUUUAACAUCUUUACUUUUUUAAGACUUUCACUGAGGAGGAAACUUUAUUUCUUGAGUUUGAAUGUUUUUUCUGGUGCGUAAUUCUUCUUCUUCUUAACUUUCUCAAACUGUGCAUUGGAUUUUUGAAUUUUUGCAAUCGGAGAAUUAAUCCACGAUCCUCCACGAGUCUCCAGAAGAAGCGAAUUUCUUUUCUUUUAGUUUUUCUGGAGUGCGUAAAAGCGCGCGGGGGCUCCACAUGGCGCACAUGUGCAGGCAGCUGAUCGGCGGCGCGGCGAGCUGCGCGGGCUGGGUCGGGGUCAUCGUCGGCACGAUCACUAACGACUGGGUUCGGACCUGCGACUACGCGGUGGCCACCUGCGUGCGCAUGGACGAGCUGGGCUCCAGGGGCCUCUGGGCGGAGUGCGUCAUCUCCCCCGCGCUUUCCCACUGCGUCGCCCUCAGCCAGAUCCUCAGUCUGCCAGCCUACGUGCAGACGUCUCGUGCACUGAUGAUCUGCGCGUGCCUGCUCGGUCUCCCCGCCAUGCUGCUCGUGGUCAUGGCGAUGUCGUGCGUGCGGCUGCAGAAUGACACUGCGGCCGUGAAGCUGCGCCGCGCACGCGUGGGAGGAGUCCUGUUCAUCCUUAUGGCUGUGUGUGGCAUCAUAUCCACCGUUUGGUUUCCUAUCGGCGCUCACCAAGACGAGGGGCUGAUGUCUUUUGGCUUCUCGCUCUACGCCGGCUGGGUCGGCUCCGGUCUCUGCCUCGUGGGCGGCUGCAUGAUCUUGUGUUGCCACGGCAGCGACCCGCGGACCCCGAGCAGAGAGAACAGCUUCUACUACUCCAGACAGCGGGGGACGGCCUCGCCGAUGGACCCCCCCGCCAACCACGCCAAGAGCGCCAUGGUGUAGAGGUCUGGAAGUCGUCUCAUGGACUGUUCAUGAUUAUAAUCAAGUUGUGCAUUUAGAUGUUUCCCUUUCAUUUAGCUGAUGCAGAGCGAUUAAGUACACGUGUUAACGAGUUAACAGCCACAGUUAGAUACUUUACAUCAAGGCAGGAAUCAUCUAAUUGGUUGAAUUGAAGCUCACUGGGUGGAGCCAGUGAAAUGAGAUUAUUGUUAUUGUUUCACAAAGUUAAACUCUGAUAAGAACAAGAAGGACAUUUUGUGACUAUUCACACUAAUUAAAGACGUUUAUCCACAUAUGUUUCUGCACUUAUUACUUCUACUGCUCUUGGUUCAGCAACAUACGGACAAAAGACUGUAAAUAAAGAUGGACGACAUGACAGCUCCCAAAAGUGAAGCCAAAGCGCCUCGAUCGCCACCUAGAGGCCGGUUAGAGUUAUAAACCCCACCUCCUCCAUGUUAGCAGACGGGACAUGGACCAAAC